AUGCCUUUCUGGUAUAUGACUCCAAGUUGCGAUCAGCAGACAAUCAAAGUAGUGCUGACCUUUAAUGAAAAUGACUGGCCCCAAGGUCAGUUUGAAGAUUGGAUCAUCGUUGGUACCAAUAAUCGCGCUGAGUGUCGCUUGAAGGGUAAUGGCGAGUUGCAGUAUGUUAUUGAACUUGCGGUUUUCAACGAUCCGUGUGAAACGCAAAUGCCCUCAACAGGUGUAUUCCAAAAUCGAAUUCGUAUUGGAAAAAAUCCGGCAAUAAUUUUAUUUGGUGAUAAAAUGUACAUAAUAAAGUGUAUUUAUGGAUUACCGGAAAUCAGUCAACUUGAUAAUCCGUCCAUUAAAACAUCGUUCAACGCUGUUACCUUACCCGAUUUAUCGGCAAAUUCCGAGAAAUCAGUAGAAAAAGUUGAUGAAUUACUUUUAUCCGAUCAUCGAAUGACAGAAAUUGAAGAAAGCCAAACCUCAGAAGACUCUAAGAGAAAUCCCGUGAUUUCCUGGACAAUUCUAGCAGUAGUUAUGGGAGGAUUAUUCGUUAUUAUUUUUAUUCUUAUGCUUGCUUUCAUUUGCUUUCGAUGGAAAAUGGAAGGACGGGAAAAAAGUCUUCACGCUGAAACUGUUACUUCUAAUGGUAUUACAGUGAGUAAAUUUGGUAUUGGUGAUUUGUGGUGGAAUCACAAGAAUGAUAUAAAUUCAAGACAAAUUUCUAGCCGGCAAGUAGCUAAUGAAAGAUGUUCAGGAACGAUUCAAAGUACAGUUCCGAUGAGUUCAUCGUUGUCAUCUAAAUCAUCAACUGAAUCUGGACGAACUUUACCGAAUCCCCCUUCAACUACAAGCUUCUUGCCACAGAAGUCAUCUAUGACAGAUUUUGGAAAUAAUGUUGAUGCUAGUCAAGGCUUACCAAGAAGUUAUUCAGAAUGGAGAAAUAAAAUUUUGUCCAAUAUCCCAAACAAAAUAUCAAAUAAUAGUGUAUGUUUGGAUAGAUGCUCAUCAUUAAGAAGGCAUAAUUCAAUAAUUGCUGAUAAUCAACUUUCUGAAGUCCGGUCGAUUACAGAAAUUUAUAGAUCCGCAGAGACGACUGUCGUUGAUGGCGGAGACACGUUAUCACAAUCAACUCUUGAAGGUGUAUUGUGCUCUCCUCAUUAUCAAGAAUCUAAUCCUAUCGUAGAAAACUUGAUCAAAUGCGUUGGCAAAAUCCGAGGAAUUGGUGCUCGGAAACUCACCGAACAGGAAUUUGGUCGAUGGCGUCGUCUAGUCAUUUCUGAUGCAUCAUUUUGUGAAGCACUCUCCCAAUCACGUGGUAUUGAACAAAUAGAAAGCUUAUGCUUUUCACGUGAUUAUAAAAAAUUGUUCAGUAAAGAAAAAUGGAAUGCCAUAAUUCGUUGUAUUGUGGAGAAUCAGACUAUCCUUCCAUCAAAAUAUACCAAACGAUGUGAUUUACAACAGCGACAAGAUAUAGCGGCUUCUUCAUUAAAUGUUUACAUUGGUGAUGCUGGUUCCAGCGGUUGGUAG